UCGACUGUCUCCCUCUCUCAUUCUGCAAGAAAACAGCUUUCUCUCUCUAUCUCUCUAGGGUUUUCAUUCUCUUUCCUAGUAAUCUGUUUCCCAGCCUGGACUUUUCCUCUUCUUCUUCCUCACUGUCUUCUCCCACAGAGAGAGAAGCUGAACUGAGCCACACCCAUCUCAGUUUCUUCAAAUGCACCUCCAUUGACGGGACCUUCACCUUGAGGUCAUUCUGGGUUUUGGGGUUCUUGGGAUUUCCCCCCCUUUCUUCCUCUGGGGCUUCUGCAUUUUGGUUCUUUCGCCGGAAUCCUCAAACAUGCAGCAGCAAAUCCUCGUUGCCGUCGCUGUCUUCUUGCUUUUCCUCCCAAUUUCGGCCCCGGAUCUCGCCGCCGACAGGGCUGCACUGCUGUCCCUCCGUUCCGCGGUCCGUGGCCGCCCCCUCCUCUGGCGCGUGGCUGACACUACCCCCUGCUCGUGGGCCGGCGUGCGGUGUGAAUCUGGCCGCGUGACCAUCCUCCGCCUCCCCGGCUCGUCACUCUCUGGCCAAAUCCCCGACGCCGUGUUCCUCAACCUCACGCGCCUCCGCACACUCUCCCUCCGGCUCAACUCCCUCACUGGGCCUGUCCCCGACCUCUCCCCCUGCAGUAACCUCCGGAACCUAUACCUGCAAGGUAACGCCUUUAGCGGUGAGAUCCCGGACUCUUUGUUCACCAUUCAUGGCCUCGUGAGGCUGAACUUGGCCUCCAACAACCUGACCGGCGCGGUCUCCGGGGGUUUCAACAACUUGACCCGACUUAAGACUCUGUUCCUCGAGAACAAUCGCCUCACCGGGUCGAUUCCCGCCGGGUUGAAGCUCAAGCAGUUGAACGUUUCGAACAAUUUGCUUAAUGGGUCAAUCCCAGAGGGCUUGCAGUCUUUCUCUGCGGCUUCGUUUUCCGGCAAUUCCCUCUGUGGGAAGCCUCUCAAGGCUUGCCCUGCCAUAAGUCCCGCUGAAUCACCAGGAAACAAUGGCACUGAGGGGGUAAAGACGAGCAAGAAGAAGCUUUCCGGCUCUGCAGUAGCUGGGAUUGCAAUCGGGUGCGUGUUCGGGUUCCUUCUAAUUGUCAUAAUCUUGAUUUACCUGUGCCGGAAGAUGGGGAGCAAGAGGACUCGAUCUGUGGAUAUCUCUGCUCUCAACAAGCAGCAGGAAAUGGGUCUAAACACGGCUGAGUCGAAGGGAGUUGGGGAGACAGAGAAUGGCGGGUUUAGCGACAGCUUGAUGGUGGUGGGGCAAACAAAAGCGGAGUCCAAUGGCGGGGCACUGCCUGCGAAGAAGCUGCUGUUCUUUGGGAAUGCUCCGAGGGUCUUCGAUCUGGAGGAUUUGCUCAGGGCUUCUGCCGAGGUUCUGGGGAAGGGGACAUUCGGGACGGCCUACAAGGCUGUGUUGGAGGUCGGAAUGGUGGUGGCAGUGAAGAGGCUGAAGGACGUGACCGUCUCAGUGAGGGAGUUUACAGAGAGGAUCGAGGGAGUCGGGGCAAUGAACCAUGAGAAUUUGGUGCCGCUCAGGGCAUACUAUUACAGUAAUGAUGAGAAGCUCCUCGUGUAUGAUUUCAUGUCCAUGGGAAGCUUGUCUGCUCUGUUACAUGGAAACAAGGGAGCAGGGAGGACUCCAUUGAACUGGGAGAUCAGGUCAAGCAUUGCGCUUGGAGCAGCCCGCGGCAUUGAAUACCUCCACUCUAGGGGCCAGAACGUGUCCCAUGGGAACAUCAAAUCCUCCAACAUCCUCCUGACCAGGACAUACGAGGCACGGGUCUCUGACUUUGGGCUGGCCAACCUUGUUGGGCCCUCAUCUACCCCAACGAGAGUUGCAGGCUAUCGGGCGCCGGAGGUGACCGACCCUCGGAGGGUCUCCCAGCAGGCUGAUGUCUACAGCUUCGGGGUGUUGCUGUUGGAGCUCCUCACUGGGAAGGCCCCGACCCACUCGGUCCUCAAUGAGGAAGGGGUCGACCUCCCACGGUGGGUUCAGUCAGUUGUUCGGGAGGAGUGGACCUCCGAGGUGUUCGACCUUGAGCUACUCAGGUACCAGAGUGUGGAGGAGGAGAUGGUCCAGCUCCUGCAGCUCGCCAUAGACUGCUGCGCUCAGUACCCCGACAAUCGCCCUACAAUGUCCGAAGUCGCGAGGCGGAUCGCGGAGCUCUGCCACUCGAGCUCCAGAUAUCCCGAGUCCCAGCCCGAGCAGGGGAUCGAUUCAGACCUAGUAUCAUCUCAUUGAACCUGUUCAAGGGACUCCCAAAAAUGAAAAAUGAUGCUCAUCUCUCAUCUCAUCUCGUCUAACCCUUCUAGCCUUGUUAGCCCAUUAGGAGGAAAGUGGCAUGUCACGCCUCUCUCUCUCUCUCUCUCUCUCUCUCUCUCUGUUUUUUUUUUUUUUUCCUUGGUCCCUAAUUUUCUUCUUUCUUUUAUUUUUUGUUAAUUUUAUUUGGAAUCUCAUGGAAAUGGGUUGGGGAUAUAGCUGUUUCUCCAUUGGUGCUUGGUGAGUGGAUUUGUGGAUCUUUGUAAUUAUAACUCUGCCCUUCCUUUUCCCCUUCAUUUCUCUUUACUUUGCAACUGUUUUAUUUUUUUUUCCCCUCGCUUUUACGAAAGUGAGAUGAAUA